AUAAGCAAACUGUUGAUAGCAACGGCGUAAUUCAAAGAGCAAUAUUUUCAUAAGGUUGAGCAAACUGUGUAUAGUCCCACUCUGUAUUUUGGAUCUGUAUUUUUGAAAACAACGAUUUUUUGUUUGUUAACGUACACUGAAGAUUAAAGAUUUAUAUUAUUUCCAGCCAUUCCGCUGAUUUUGAUACAAUUAUUAUCAUACUCGAAAAUGAAGAAAUCAAAUCGUCUGUGGUGCUGUGGUAUUCUGGGAGUUUGUCUGACUGUUAUAGGAGCUAUUUUGUUACCAGGUCUUGGUAUAGUGGUCACCAAGCUUCUAGCUACUGAAAUGGCACUAACGGAGGGAUCUUCACUCUGGGAUAGUUUUUUAUAUACUCCUGUUCCAGUAUAUUUUCAAAUAUGGGUAUGGAAUCUGACCAAUCCAGAACAUUUUCUUAAUGGAGAGGUACCACAUAUGGAGCAGUUGGGUCCAUACACCUACAGGCUAGUAAUGUUUAAAGAGAACAUCCAAGAAAAUGAAAACUCUACUGUCAGUUUCACUUCUCCGACAGGGUAUGUCUACAUGGACGAUAUGUCGGUGGGACCGUCAUCAGAUGUAUUCACAACCGUCAACGUUGUAGCUUUUACGGCAGCAUCAGUGGCAAGAGGGUAUGGAAACACCUCUGAUGAAAAUAUACUCCGCUUACUGCAUCUGCUUUCUAAAGCUGAAGUCCUGAUGACCGUGUCUGUCCAUGAAUUUCUCUGGGGCUACGAGGAACCAUACUUAAAAUACAUAAAUGAUCAGUUCGAUGCAUCGCUGCCAACCAAGUUUGGUGUUUUCAUAGGGUCAAAUAUGACAAGUGACUCGGUUUGGACGGUAAAUAGUGGAGUCGAUGACAUAUCCAAGUUGAACAUCAUAGACAAUGUCGAUGGUAAAAAGUCGCUGAAUUACUGGAGAAGUGAAUAUGCCAACAUGUUAAAUGGAACAGAUGGGACAUAUAUGCACCCUGAACUAGACCAAGAGAAGGACAACCGAAUUUACAUUUAUGUUGGAAUCAUUUGUAGAUCAGCUUACCUCGACUAUGAAUCAAAGUAUAAAAAAGAAGGCAUUCUGUUCUAUCGGUACAAUGUCACUGAGUAUUUGUUGGCACACCCAAGCAUAAACCAGGAUAACUAUGAUUUCUGUGACAUAGAAGGAAACUGUCCCCCAGGAGGUCUCAUCAACAUAACCAUGUGCAAUUACGGAGCACCAUUAUUUGGUUCCUUGCCACAUUUUCUGUACGGUGAUGAGGAGCUGAGUAUAAAUGUAAGCGGUAUGAAUCCUAGUGAAGAAGAACAUAGAAUUUACCUUGAUAAGGAUCCUUUAACUGGAGCUACAAUGAUCGUUCAAAUCCGAGCUCAACUAAACUUUAAAGUUGGUCAGUACGAUAACCUCAGCAGAGCGUGAUCUACGAUAUCAAAA